GGAGAAUGUCACCCAAUUCCCCAGAAAAUGAUCACGACGAUUCCAAUGGAUCGGCGCCGACCAAGAAUACCCCAGAAUUGGCCUGUAACGGCUGCCGGAAAUCUAAACUAAGAUGUUCACGCGAAAGACCCACAUGUUCCCACUGUCGAAAGACUAGUCUUGAUUGCGUUUAUGAGACAAAAAGAACCAAACCUGGCCUUAAGGCCGGGGCAGUCGAGAAUCUCCAUAGACGACUAGACGCCUUAGAGAAUCUCGUGCAUGAACGCGAGAGAAAUCCUCCAGCAGCACCUACGACUGCCGUUUGUCACGAUGUCAAUCAUAAUGGAGCAUCGACAGACGCUGCAGCAUACAAUGUACUUGCGCUUCUCGCCAAAGAACUGCCAAAGUUGAUAAAGUCGGGUGCCAGUCCUCCCUCCGUUAUUGACAACAACAUCGAUCACAGAGCUAAACGAAGACGCCCGAAUGGCGAUGAACCACUGAAUACACCCAGACAUGGCGACAUACGGCUACCGCAUCUAGCGGCGCUCGAAAAGAUAAUCGCGGCCUACUUCACACACAUUCACCCAUGGAUUCCAAUGAUACAUCAGGCCAGAUUCCGCCAGCGUAUGAGUGUCGCCAUGGAGUAUCCGAAGCUCGAAGUCAUCCUCCAUGCAAUGGUUUACGCCACUUCCAAAUAUCUUCCAGAGCAGGAGGUUCCGGAGAGUGCUUUGCUGGAUAGUCGAAAGUGGGUAGUUUGGAGAGCCAUGGAUAGUGUUUCACCAGAAAGCUUGCAAGCCCUGACGAUUCUAGCUUUUACAGAUAUCGGCAAUGGCCAUUGCGCAAAAGCUUGGUCAAUAGUGGGUUCCUUGACGCGCACAGUCGAGUACAGCCAAUUGACCCAGGAACGAGAGCUCGGCAGCCACCAGCCAUUUUGCCGCCCGUAUAGCUUCAUCCAAGAUGUUGAAGAUUGGACCGAGGUCGAAGAACGAAGGCGCAUCUUCUGGAACAUCUUUAAUUUGGAUCGAUUCUGUUCUAUAACGAUGGGUUGGAAUACUAGUCUAACUUCAGACGAUGUUCACCGACGGCUACCGUGCGAUGGGCCCUUGUGGCGAAAACAGACGCCUGUUGUGACGCCGUAUUUUGGAAUAUGGGACAAGUCCGCAGGGCGCAUAGGCAACCCGGUCGCAUUCUUGCCGCAAUACCAGUCACCCAGUGAGCCUGUUAAUGACGUAGAGAUUCGAAGCCGACCAGAUGCUGCCUCAGCUGCUAGCCCUAACCAAAAUCUUCUGGUUGAUACCACGAUCGGAGCUUUCGCGUACUGCAUCGAGGCGACUGAAUCCAUGAGCCGUAUUACCAGUUACUUCUUGCAGCAGAAGAUUGAUAUACGAGAUGAAAGAGAAAUCAAUUCCUGGCUAACCCGCUUCAAAGAACUCGAUCUCCGCCUGGUUCAUUGGAAGAUGCUUCUACCUCAGAAAUGGAAGACGAACAUGGAACGUCAGUCAACAUUAAUGGAUCCAAAUCUCACAACAGCCCAUGUUACGCACAACGCUUCCAUGAUCUUGUUGCAUCAAUUGAUUGCGUAUCCGCCAUUGAACUGGGGUUUCAGACACAAAUUACCUAGCCACUUGAGCGCCGAAGCAUGCCAGUCCGCCGGCAUAGAAAUUGCGAGGAUCACGCAGAACUAUCUAUCGAACUCCAAUAAUGCAUCUCCGAUCGGAAGUCAAUACGCCUUUUGUCUGUAUAUAGCUGCCAGGAUGCUACUCAUCCACUGGAAAUACUCCGCCGAGAACAGUCUUGAUGAACAAUUCUGGUCUUUGAUCCAGAGCUUGGAAGAACUGUCUAAGCGCUGGCAGGCUUUGUCUCGCGACAGGAAUGCUCGUAGCUUAGCUGAACGAUAUGCAGAUAGACUGAAGGAGCUGUAUACAUCAUGCAUGGAGGUCCCUGGUUACAGUAUCGAUGUCAUGGACUACACCAAUGAGAUCCGUCAUUGCGCAAUGACUCCAUAUGGGGACGACUCCCGGUCUAUCACAACGCCGACCUGGUCGUCUCAACAUCGGUUGCGAACCGACAUCAGAAAUGGAGUAGAUACCAUGAUACCUUCCAUUCCGCAGCACGAAAAUCCACGGGGAGACAGUAUUGAUUCGCAACAUAUGGCACAUGUUGAAGAAGGAGCCAAUCCUCUCAACAUGGGAGACUUCAACACCAUCCCACAGAUGAUGCUCGAUCAACAGUUCAUGAACAUGGAUCGCGUGAUAGCUUUUGAUGAUGGAAGCAUGUUCACAGCCUCGUUGGAUCAUGGUAACUGGUAA